UUAGCUGUAUGGCAAAGCCGUGAACUGGUCCGCAGUGGUCAGACCAUCAAAGAUCUCAGUCAAGCUGAAUGAAUGACACAAACAUUAGUUACAUCACAUCAAAGGACACCCACCAGUGUUUGUUUCCUCUAUCUGUGAAAGUGGGUACUGACCUGUCAAUGUGGAUGCUCCGCAGCUGUCGCAUGUCGGCCUGCAGUGCGUCAAUACUCACUCGUUCGGAGGCUGUGUCACACGGAGAUGAGAUUUUAAACAAUGGCGUGUGUCGUCUGCAUACGUGGCGACCUCCUGUGUGAGCGAUGUGUUCUGCCGUUUGAGUGUCGCCUCCCUCACACCAGCAGCCUGAGACCCAGUGAGAUGAGCAAACAACAAGCGCACAACUUUGAUUGAGUCUCAUUUAUUACGUGGCUGAUGAGUGAGAGCUUGUGAAUGCCUCACCUCUUGUGUCUGUCGAGGUGGUGUUGGAGCUGGCCCAUCUCGGCCUCCUUCUGCUCUGCUCACGGAGGGACCUCUCGCGAUCGAUGUCACUGAACACGUACGCAGACACACCAUGCACCGUGUGUGUGUGCGUACAUACACACCUGGUAAGCCGCUGGUGUUGUUGGCUGAGCUGCUGACGGUAAGCUUCAUUGGCCUUCUUCAUAUCAGGCUGGAGCCGCUCGUUGGCCGCCAGAGUGUCGGCGACGGUCUGCUCGCCCGGCAACUGAACCUCACGCAACCUACACACAAGCACACCACAUGGUGGACGCACCGAUGCGGCGACGUGAUAGUGUACCGAUCGCUCUCUUGACGGGCGGAGAAGGUAUCUUGGCGAGCGGCGAGAGUCUCCUGAAGGGCCGCCUCCCUCUGCACCGACUCAUGUCUGCCGUCGGACACCACAACCCACGGCAAUGCGUGAGCUCCCUUCUCACUCCCUCCUCCCCUGACCUGCCCUCCUCCCCUUGCCCCCUUGCCUCCCUGGCCCCCUCUCCCGCUGCCUCCCUCUCAUCCUCAUCUGGCCACCACCACCAGAGUCGCUGGGGCCAUGCAGUCGCCCCACAUCGAGAGAAGCCAACAUAGCUGACACACCCUGAAUACACCAAAGCAAGAGAAGAAUGUUCACUAUCGCAUCCGCCGCCCGUGCAAAGUGAACAAAGCAUACAAGUGCGCACGACCCCCCACUCUGCCUCUCCUUUCUCGCGGUCAUCCUGUGGAAACUGCUGGAGUUUGGCCCCUGUAUCAGCCUGGCGCUCCCGAUCCUCCUCGUCUUCGUCGUUUCGGUGAGCGCGUCUGCCUGCUCAACGUUGCCUGCUGGCCCUGCCGGACGCAGCUCAUCAUCCACUUGCACGACAUCAUCACUGGGCGCAAAUGCACAGAGAGGCAAUCACAGGGGGCUAUCCAUGGAAUGGAUGGAUGAGGUUGUGUGCGGUCACUUACAGCCUUUCUCCAGUCGCCCGUUCCUGAGCAGGGCCGUCAU